GCCUCCGCAGAGAGCAUAACAGCAUGCGAACUUGAGUGGGGGGAUAGAGCUUAGAGAUGAAGUCGCUCAAAAAAAACUAAGUGGCGCUUUUAUUGUUUAUACAGGACACUUGACUCUGUCUCUGCAAAUGCUGCCAUGGCAGUUGCAGAGAUGGUUAUGGAGGAAUGGAACGGCUCUUCUUCAGCUAAUUUAACCAGAACUGUUCUCCUCACAGCAACCUCUUCUUCCUAUUCAAUUCAAAGAUCAGGCAGUCGGUUUGUCGAGUUCAGGCGCCGAGUUCUAGCUGCCUUUGUACCGGAGGGUUUCCCAGGUAGUGUGACACCUGAUUAUGUACCCUUCCAGAUUUGGGAUUCAUUGCAGGGUCUUUCAACGUACAUCCGAUGCAUGCUCUCUACCCAGGCACUUUUGGGUGCUAUUGGAGUUGGUGAGCAGACAGCUACUGUCAUUGGUGCUACUUUUCAGUGGUUCCUAAGGGAUUUCACAGGGAUGUUGGGUGGUGUGUUAUUCACUUUCUAUCAGGGUUCUAAUCUUGAUAGCAAUGCCAAAAUGUGGCGUUUAGUGGCAGAUUUUAUGAAUGACCUUGGGUUAGUAAGGAAGGGGUAUAUGAUAAUCAACAUGUAUGGGAAUGGUACGUGCAGUAUCCUGUAUUUUAUGCAUGGUGUUUCUGCUGCAGGUAUGUUGAUGGACCUUGUUUCCCCCAUUUUUCCUUCUGGAUUUGUUGUAAUAAUUUGCUUAGGGAGCCUAUCAAGAUCAUUCACUGGUGUUGCAAGUGGUGCCACUAGAGCAGCUUUGACUCAACAUUUUGCGCUUGAAAACAAUGCAGCAGACAUAUCAGCAAAGGAGGGAAGCCAGGAGACAGUUGCCACAAUGGCGGGAAUGGUAAUGGGCAUGCUGCUUGCACAUGUUACUAGGGGACAGCCACUAUUUAUAUGGUUCUCUUUUCUGUCACUCACUCUUUUUCAUUUAUUUGCAAACUACAAAGCUGUCCGGUGCCUGUGUUUGACUACAUUGAACACUGAGAGAACCUCAAUACUGCUGCAGCACUUCAUGGACACUGGCCAAGUCCUCUCACCCCAACGGGUCUCAAGAAUGGAACAUGUUUUGCCUGUAUGGAUCAAUUUUUGGGGCUCAAAGAGCAGUUCAUUUCUUUAUCGACGCAUCAAGUUAGGAGUAAGAAUUUCAUCACUAAAACACAUUGAAAUGGUGGAGCUUUUCAAUUUGGCAAGUUCACUUUAUAAGAAAGGCAAAUACGUGCUUCUAGAAAAGGAAAAGAUAGUUGAAGUAAUUGCACACAAAGAGUCAACUGCCGCAGACAUUUUGCAGUCAUAUAUUCAUGCUCUUAUGCUGGCAAGUUACUCAGAGAAAGGAUCUUCUCAUGCUGAGAGCUGCCUGUGGGUAGAUAGGUAUUAUUCGAUUUUCAUAACUAAGUUAAAGUCAUCUGGAUGGAAUGUGGAUCGUCUCUUGGCCCCCUCAAUCAUUUGGAGAGCAGAUUGGAUGCAACACUCAACUAAUGAAAAAGACAAUUAGGUGAACAUGUGGAGCAAGAUAUGAAAGUCACACUAAGGCGACUACUCGAUUCAGUUAAUGGGUCUUUCAAAUAUGGCCUUGUCAUAUGCUAAUUUUCUAAGUGAAUCUGGUUCAUAUGCAUGAUGUGAUGAGUGACACUUAGGGACACUAAGCACUCUUUGGAAUUCAUUUAAUAUGCUCAUAAUUGCAAAGAGUUGAAUGUUGAUGAGAACGUUGGAGCCUUGACAUGAAUUUAGUGUGGACAUGUAGAGGGUGAUGCACCUGUUUAGAUGAA